AUGGUAGACUAUAACAGAUCUGCUAAUAUUGUAAAAGGAUUACAUGAUCAAAUCGCUUCAUUAAAAAAUCAAUUAAGUCAAGAAAGAAAUAAAAAUCAAAAUUACAUAAACCAAACAACUUUUUUGAAUAAUCAAUUAAAUCAAGAAAGAAAUAAAAAUCAAAAUUACAUAAACCAAAUAAAUACAUUGAAUAAUCAAUUAAAUCAAGAAAAAACUAAAAAUCAACAAAAUCAAGAAAAAUUAUUAAAUGAAAAAUUAUCAACUGAAUUAAAUGAAAAAAAUUUAUUGAUUUCAUCAAUGGAUAUAAAAAUAAAUCAAACUCUUAAAAAUCUAGGUAUUGAUUUUUCAGAAAAUGAAAGUCCUGAUAUAAAAUUAGAAAAAAUCACUGGAUACAUGAUUCUUUAA